GAUUUCUCUUUCCUGCCCUUCCUUCUCCCUUUUCCUUUGGUGAACUGCAGAUCUUGGAUUUCGGCUUGGCCAGACACGCCGAUGCUGAAAUGACCGGUUACGUGGUUACGCGCUGGUACAGAGCCCCAGAAGUCAUGCUGAACUGGAUGCAUUACAACCAGACAGUGGAUAUCUGGUCUAUUGGCUGUAUCAUGGCAGAAAUGCUCACCGGGAAAACGCUGUUUAAAGGAAGAGACUACCUAGAUCAACUGACUCAGAUCCUGAAAGUAAUGGGGCAUCCAGGAGAAGACUUCGUGGAGAAGCUGGAGGACAAAGCAGCUAAGAACUACAUCAAGUCCCUUCCUAAAAUCCCCAAGAAGGAUUUGUCCGUGCUUUUCCCCAAAGCCAACCCUCAGGCAGUGGACCUGCUUGACAAGAUGUUGCAGCUGGACGUGGAAAAGCGCCUUACGGCGACGGAGGCGUUGGCUCACCCCUACUUCGACCAGUUCCGAGACAUCGAGGAGGAGACAGAAGCUCAACAGUCCUAUGAUGACUCUCUGGAACGUGAAAAGCUUUCGAUAGAUGAAUGGAGAAGGCAUAUUUACAAGGAGAUCUUGUCCUUCAGUCCCAUCGCACGGAAGGACUCAAAGAAGCGAAGUGGGAUGUCGUUAUAGCGACCGGUGCGGCUGUGACCGGGAUUCACUUCUUCUGGAUGCCCGAUGGGUUUACUCCACGCCGCCUUGCUGGUGGCCACCUCUGGCCCAUGGGACUUCUCUGUGUGCCAACACAAGGAUGACACCAUGCAGUGGGCAUUGGACUUGGUUCUGCUAAAGGGGAAAGCACCCCAAACGGUUUUCAACACAAAACAUAAAUAUAUUCUCAUUGAAACUU